AUGUCGAGGGCUCUGCUCACUGUGAUAACCAGCGGCCUGGCGGCCCACUCUGUGGCUGAGGUAGAGCACCUCCCCUGUCCUCUCCCUCCUCCCCUCCCACCACUGUCCCCCAGUCAGUCUUCAACCUCCUGAGCUCCAGUCGCAUCAGCCCAGGACAGACACCACCAAUGUGGGAUCCCCAGCAGCACUCACUCAGGAUGGGCACCCGACUACUACUGCUCACCUUCAUACUCCUCUCCACCUGUAAUGAAGCUUGAUGAUAAUCUACCUUUGGGAGGGUUUUGGAUUGUGUGGGGAAAUAAGGAAGUAUGGAUUUUCUUUAUGUUGAUGUACUGUGUGUUUUUUUUCCCUCCUGUUCCAUCCAGGCCAGGUGGCGGAAUCACAGGCAUGUAAGUAUUAAAGUGUUCUGUUCUUGAGGAGAUUCUUAAAAUGGGAUUGUCAAGAGUGCAGUGGGUACAGUUAUCAAAACAAUGGAACUCUGAGUGUAUUUCAGGUUAUUCUUUUGUAUCUAUUCAGCUAUUGUUUUGUUUCUCCUUUCUGUGAAAGUUGGUGUAUUCGUAGAUAGUGUGCAUUGGGACUGGACGUUCUUGCUUAUCUACAUCUUUCUAACACUAUGGGCCUGUUUUACUAAGACAUAUCUUAUACUGAGAGGUGACUGAUAUACCCUAAUCGUAGUAUCAACACAGGUUAAACUGUAUUGACGCACUGGAAAUACCAUAACAGGGAAUCCUAUGAGAAUGGUCCCUGGAUCUUGUUGUCUUAUCAGUGUUUUCACUGUUUUGGAGUCUGAGACUGUGGAAAAGUUGUGGAGGAAGGCUUUGGGAACUAAUUUGUUAGCAGUGUCACACGCCUUCUCCUGCUGUUAGGACAGGGAAAAAAGCCAGGCACUGGGGAGAGGAAUGAGGCCAGCUAGCCAGUGGUAGAGAUGGACACCUUAUCCUGACCAUACCGAGAUUAGCAAUUCUGUACUUGGAAAAGCAGAAUACCCCUAUUCUAAGCAGGAAAGUUGACUUAUUGGCUUUGCCAAGGCUGGUCAGUGGUCACACACCCUUUCCAUGGGGGUCCGCUAUGGCUCGUGCACUGGUUGGCACUGCUCACUACCCUCUGCCCCCCUAUCAGUGGUUUUCCCCUUGGUCGCGCCGGGCCCUGCUGAGUGACGUUGGGUGGGGACGGCGGUGGCUAAAAUAGCGAUGGGUCUGUUUGCCUGUUUAACAAAAUGCUUUUCCUUCCUCUGGCUGGCGGGGGUCUGUUUACUGGGACGUCCCCCUCGGGACGGGAACACCCCAGACUGGGGGUCUCAACCUGACAGAACUGCCCGCUCCGCACUAUAAUAAUAAUAUGCCAUUUAGCAGACGCUUUUAUCCAAAGCGACUUACAGUCAUGCGUGCCUACACUAGACCCCACUGGGAGUCCCCUUUAUCUAGAGAAGCACUCUGUGGCGGACAAACGUGGGAAAACAGUUCACUAUCAGCAGACACUGAAUCAAAAUACUUUGUGUGUUGUUUUUGUUGAGGGUCUGUGUUUAUGUCCAAUUCAUUGGUGUGAGUGAUUCCAUCUCCUGAGUAUCUUGGAGCUUUAAGAUGACUAGCUAUAUACAGUGAGGGAAAAAAGUAUUUGAUCCCCUGCUGAUUUUGUACGUUUGCCCACUGACAAAGACAUGAUCAGUCUAUAAUUUUAAUGGUAGGUUUAUUUGAACAGUGAGAGACAGAAUAACAACAAACAAAUCCAGAAAAACGCAUGUCAGAAAUGUUAUAAAUUGAUUUGCAUUUUAAUGAGGGAAAUAAGUAUUUGACCCCCUCUCAAUCAGAAAGAUUUCUGGCACCCAGGUGUCUUUUAUACAGGUAACGAGCUGAGAUUAGGAGCACACUCUUAAAGGGAGUGCUCCUAUCUCAGCUUGUUACCUGUAUAAAAGACACCUGUCCACAGAAGCAAUCAAUCAAUCAGAUUCCAAACUCUCCACCAUGGCCAAGACCAAAGAGCUCUCCAAGCAUGUCAGGGACAAGAUUGUAGACCUACACAAGGCUGGAAUGGGCUACAAGACCAUCGCCAAGCAGCUUGGUGAGAAGGUGACAACAGUUGGUGCGAUUAUUCGCAAAUGGAAGAAACACAAAAUAACUGUCAAUCUCCCUCGGCCUGGGGCUCCAUGCAAGAUCUCACCUCGUGGAGUUGCAAUGAUCAUGAGAACGGUGAGGAAUCAGCCCAGAACUACACGGAAGGAUCUUGUCAAUGAUCUCAAGUCACCAAGAAAACAAUUGGUAACAUACUACGCCGUGAAGGACUGAAAAGAAGAAGCACAUUAAGGUCCUGGAGUGGCCUAGCCAGUCUCCAGACCUUAAUCCCAUAGAAAAUCUGUGGAGGCAGCUGAAGGUUCGAGUUGCCAAACGUCAGCCUCGAAACCUUAAUGACUUGGAGAAGCUCUGCAAAGAGGAGUGGGACAAAAUCCCUCCUGAGAUGUGUGCAAACCUGGUGGUCAACUACAAGAAACGUCUGACCUCUGUGAUUGCCAACAAGGGUUUUGCCACCAAGUACUAAGUCAUGUUUUGCAGAGGGGUCAAAUACUUAUUUCCCUCAUUAAAAUGCAACUCAAUUUAUAACAUUUUUUACAUGCAUUUUUCAGGAUUUUUGUUUUGUUAUUCUGUCUCUCACUGUUCAAAUAAACCUACCAUUAAAAUUAUAGACUGAUCAUGUCUUUGUCAGUGGGCAAACGUACAAAAUCAGCAGGGGAUCAAAUACUUUUUUCCCUCACUGUAGAACUGUUUUUAUUGCACUAUUCUCUUACUAUGGAGAUGUAUUUUUUGCCUCAGUGAGCAGAUUCAUGCCACUACCAAGUGUAUGAAUUCACUAGAUAAUGUGCUUUGGUACAAGAUCACACAGGCUUGUUUUAUAGGACUUUUUUCAUACAGAAUGUUUGAUCAGUCAGAGCAUUGACGUUGAGUUCUUUCUUCAGUGUUCACCAUCCGAAGUGUCACCCUGACUCUCGAGCCCAGCAAAACCGUCUCCCGGGGUACCAUCGUGACGGUACGCUGCCAGGCCUUAGUCAGCAGCUCUGGGUUCCUGAACCGUGAAUACACCAUCUACAAGGACAACACCGUGGUGUACACUAAGAACACCACCACCACCGAGGAUCUACUCUACUCUCUGCGCAUGGCCAGAGUGGCCAACACUGGGAAGUACAAAUGCAAGGUGAACAUACAGGGCAAGGAGCUAAGCAGCAACUCUGAGAAACUGACUGUGACAGGUUAGUGCUCCUCUCUGUUAUAGACUGAAAAGCUCGCAAGUUAAGCAUUUCACUGUACUGUUUUACACCUGCUGUAUCCUGCACAUGUGACAAUAAAAAUACUGGUCUCCUGUGUGAAUGUAGUCUCCUGUAACUCUGUGUGCCUAUGGCAUGUGUUUUAUCUGUGCAUGUCUGCGUGCCUUCACUCAUACUCGUGUCCAUCCAGGCCUGCAGACGCCAGUCCUCAGCAUCGACAAGCGUGUGUUCAGCGAGGGAGAGGAGGUGACCGUUUGGUGUACGGCCCCUGAGGAGUCCGGCACUAUUGUCUUCUACUUCUAUGAGGACUCCAAGGACCUCCAUGAGCAGAUGGUCAACACCAACCAUGUGUGUUAAUAUUGAGUGUGCUUGCUAAGGUUUUUUACCCCACUACAACUUAUUUCCCAAACAUACAGCUCCAGUCAAAAGUUUGGACACACCUACUCAUUCAACAGGUUUUUCUUUAUUUUUACUAGUUUCUACCUUGUAGAAUAAUAGUGAAGACAUCAAAACUAUGAAAUAACACAUAUGGAAUCAUGAAGUAACAAAAAAAGUGUUAAACAAAUCAAAAUAUAUGUUAGAUUCUUCAACGUAGCCAGCCUUUGCCUUGAUGACAGCUUUGCACACUCUUGGCAUUCUCUCAUCCAGCUUCACCUGGAAUGCUUUUCCAACAGUCUUGAAGGAGUUCCCACAUACGCUGAGCACUUGUUGGGUGCUUUUCCUUCACUCUGCGGUCCAACUCAUCCCAAACCAUCUAAAUUGGGUUGAGGUCGGGUGAUUGUGGAGGCCAGGUCAUCUGAUGCAGCACUCCAUCACUCUCCUUCUUGGUCAAAUAGCCCUUACACAGCCUGGAGGUGUGUUGGGUCAUUGUCCUGAUGAAAAACAAAUGAUAGUCCCACUAAGCCCAAACCAGAUGGGAUGGCGUAUCACUGCAGAAUGCUCUGGUAGCCAUGCUGGUUAAGUGUGCCUUGAAUUCUAAAUAAAUCACAGACAUUGUCACCAGCAAAGCACCAUCACACCUCCUCCAUGCUUCACAAUGGGAACCACACACGCGGAGAUCAUCCGUUCACCUACUCUGCGUCUCACAAAGACACGGCGGUUGGAACUAAAAAUCUCAAAUUUGGACUCAUCAGACCAAAGGACAGAUUUCCACCGGUCUCAUGUCCAUUACUCGUGUUUCUCUUCUUGUUAUUGGUGUCCUUUAGUAGUGGUUUCUUUGCAGCAAUUCGACCAUGAAGGCCUGAUUCACGCAGUCUCCUCUGAACAGUUGAUGUUGAUGUGUCUGUUACUUGAACUCUGUGAAGCAUUUAUUUGGGCUGCAAUUUCUGAGGCUGGUAACUCUAAUGAACUUAUCCUCUGCAGCAGAGGUAACUCUGGGUCUUCCUUUCCUGUGGCGGUCCUCGUGAGAGCCAUUUUCAUCAUAGCGCUUGAUGGUUUUUGCGACUUUCAAAGUUCUUGACAUUUUCCGGAUUGACUGACCUCAUGUCUUAAAGUAAAGAUGGACUGUCAUUUCACUUUGCUUAUUUGAGCUGUUCUUGCCAUAAUAUGGACUUGGUCUUUUACCAAAUAGGGAUAUCUUCUGUAUACCCCCCCCAACACAACUGAUUGGCACAAACGUAUUAAGAAGGAAAUAAAUUCCACAAAUUAACUUUUAAGAAGGCACACCCGUUAAUUGAAAUGCAUUCCAGGUGACUACCUCAUGAAGCUGGUUGAGAGAAUGCCAAGAGUGUGCAAAGCUGUCAUCAAGGCAAAGGGUGGCUACUUUGAAGAAUAUCAUAUAAAAUAUAUUUUGAUUUGUUUAACACUUUUUUGGUUACUACAUGAUUCCAUGUGUUAUUUCAUAGUUGUGUCCAAACUUUUGGCUGGUACUGUUACUUUAGGAAAUGUCCUUUUGUAGUUAACAUUGUUAUAUUAUUAUGACCAACCAGGUGGAGACUAGGCUGCGGUUCAACCACGCUGGCGACCGCAAGCUACACUGUGACUACAGGGUCAUACUGCUGCCAGACUCGGUACGAUCCAAUGCCAGCAACAAUGUGGCGGUCACUGUAAAUGGUGGGUGAACAUCUAGGGCCGGUUUCCAAGUCACAGGUUAAGCCUAGUCUUGGACUGAAACACACUUUCAGUGGAGAUUCUCAUUCGAAAUAUAUUUUUUGUCCAGGACCACAUUUAAUCUGUGUCUGGGAAACUAGCCCCUACUGUUCUCAAUCUCAAUUAAUCUCUAAUCAUUUUAACCAUGUCCUAAACUUCAUAGAACGUGUCUGGGAAAAGUCUCUCGGUUUCAACCUUAUGCUUCCAGACCAAUUUUCCUAUUUUUGUCCUCCAGAGCUGUUCAUCACACCUGUAAUCUCUGUCCGACCACACGGAUCAAAGAUCAUCGAAGGGGACAAUCUGGACAUCUCCUGCAGUGUCAGUGGUAACCUACAGAACAGCUCUGGGCUCAAAGUCUACCUGAGCAAGGGACUGAAUCUGCUGAGUACUGGUCAGAGUAAAGCCAACCACAGCAUGAGAGCCCUGGCCGAGCACUCUGGGGAGUUUGAAUGCAGUUUGGAGAUGGGAAAUGUAGUCAAGCGAGCAACGAAAAACGUGACGAUUACAGGUGAGUGAAUGGAUUUAUAACUAAUCUGAAAUGUAGAAUGUGGUGUUAGCUGUUGAAAAAAGCUUAUCAAAAAGCUAUUAUCUGCUCUAUCAGUUUAUAAACCAAGCUAGGGUAAAAACAUUCUGGUGAUCUUUUCCUCAAAUUCCUAGGUUUUCCAAAAAUCCUGGUUGGAAGAUUCCUGGAAUCAGGAGGGAAUAAACAGGAAAUCCAGAAUCCUCCAACCAGGAUUUCUGGAAAAACCUGGCCAUUUUGGGAAAAGUGCCUGGAAUUUUCCAACCCUAUUCACAGCUAUUACCUUUUUUUGUUAUCAACCUAUGACGCUUAUCAAUGUUGAUCACAACAUUUCUCGUGAAUGUUCUUACAUGUACUCAGCCUCCAAGAGUGUGAGUAAUCAAUGUUUUACCCAACAGAACUGUUUUCCCAGCCAGUCCUGACCAUAUAUCCGACAGAGGUGUUUGAAAGGGAGAAACUCACGUUAACCUGCAAGAGUGCCAACUACUCCUCUGACAGAAUCAGCGCUCAGGAUGUGAAAUACACCAUUUACAUAGACAAUUACAACCUGACGCCAGGCAGCUUCAAUGGGAUAUAUGUUGUCCCUGUGGGGUUACGGAACCUGAGUGGGAAUUACUCAUGUAAAGCAGAUGCCAAGUUGAUCUCCAAGUACAGUGCAAAGCUGCCUGUCCAAGCAAAAGGUAUGACUACUGCACAUAAGGCUUUAUGUGUGACCCAAAGUUAGUCAAUCUCACUUGUCUUUGAAUAAAUUAAUUUAGUUAAUCGCCAGCAGCAUACCACUCUGCAUUCCACUGCUGGUUUGCUUCUGAAGCUAAGCAGGGUUGGUCCUGGUCGGUACCUGGAUGGGAGACCAGAUGCUGCUGGAAGUGGUGUUGGAGGGAUGGUAGGAGGCAUUCUUUCCUCUGGUCAAAAAAAAAUAUCCCAAUGCCACAGGGCAGUGAUUGGGGACAUUGCCCUGUGUAGGAUGCAGUCUUUCAGAUGGGAUGUUAAACAGGGUGUCCUGACUCUCUGUGGUCACUAAAGGUCCCAUGGCACUUAACGUAAGUGUAGGGGUGUUUACUCCAGUGUCCUAGCUAAAUUCCCAAUCUGGACCCUCAUACCAUCAUGGCCACCUAAUCAUCCCCAGCUUCCAAUUGGCUCAUUCAUCCCCCCUCCUGUCCCAUGUAACUAUUCCCCAAGGUCGUUGCUGUAAAUGAGAAUGUGUUCUCAGUCAACUUACCUGGUAAAAUAAGGAUAUUCAUAAGGAUAUGCUGAUAACCUGUAUGGAUAAAGUAUCUCUCACAACAAUAUGAUAUUAAAGGGGAACUCCAAUCAAGAAUGACAGUUUGGGAAAUUGUUUUAAAUUUCAACCUUGACUCAGAUACAAUCUUUGAGUUGAAGUUUAGUCAUACGUGUAGCUGCUUAGUAAUGUUGAUGAUGUCAUUGGUGAUGUCAUGGACCUCUCCACAUUAACAGUCCAUUUUGUAAUUUCAGUCACUUUCCUUGUUCUGUUCUUUCCCCAGUUCUGGUCAGUAAACCGGAUAUAACGGCCAAUGGCAGAGUGAUCGUGGGAAAGCCCUUCCAGGUGCGCUGUCACUCAGACCGAGGCAGCCUACCCAUCAAGUACACCUUGUGGAAGAAGUAUUCUGAGGUUAACUCAACCACCGUGCAGCAGCCACAUCACCAGGCCGUCUUCCCUAUCACCAUCCAGCACUACAGCGACAUACAGGAUUAUAAAUGCGAGGCGCAGAACAACCCCAAAGUCGACGCGUUGGUCAGCAACAAACUCAACACCACAGUCAUAGGUGAGCCUGUUAAAGUAUGGAAUGGUAUACAACACUGAGCACAUUCAUGCUUCAUUGGAUUGUAGCAUUAUUGGACACUUAUUAUUUAAUAAUCAGAAAUACCUUGAAGUAUCAUUACACCACCAACCUCCACACCACCUGACACUAGCCACUCCCUCUCCCAGUUCCUCUGUCCAAUCCAGGACUCACCGUCCUCCCAGACCUGUCGGAGGUCGCAGAGGGAGAUGAGAUGUACCUGAUCUGUGGGGUGGAAGGUUCCCCGCCCGUCACCUUUAAGUGGUACCGAAGAGGCAACGUCCAGCCCCUGUUCACCACCACCUCAACCCAAUCCAGCGCGUCCCACCAGAUCAAGGGAGUGGGCAAUGAGCACAGUGGCAACUACUACUGCGAGGCCAUCAACUACGCUAACAUGGUCCAGAGCCAGCUAGUCACUGUAGUUGGUGAGAGUUAUGCACACACACAUGUACAGUGAUAUGCAAGGCCCUGCUGUACUUAUCACAAUAGGUUGAGAGACAGGCAAACACCACACAGUGGGAGUCCACACACUCCACCAUAGAGACAUACAUUUCUUUACUACUCUUACUGAAUGCAGCAGUCUAGCUUCAUUUGCUUUCACAGUACCACUUGUGUAAAAACUAAAGACCCUCUGCUUUGGACCAGUAGCGACAGCUUUGUUCUUCUCACGACACUCUUCAGGGGCUGCUUCAGUGACAACUGACAAGUUUGGGUCUUUCAAUCUUUAUCUGAUCCCUCCACCCCAGUGCCUGCCAGCAAGCCUAUUAAUAAACCCCAAUGAGCUCCUCUGCUGUGGCGCUGAUUAGCAUGAGCCACGCUAAAUACCCUGCCGCUAAGCUAACCUUGGCCCGUAGCCACUCUGACAUCUAUGUCCUGUGGUGUGGUUAGCGCCGACGGCUAACGCGAGAGCACAACGUCAAUCCGGAUGCUAGUUGCGACGCGCUAGGCUCCCAUGGAACGUGACUCCUCAGCACGACAUGGCUAGCACUCAUUAGCCAGAGCAAUUAGACCCAGCCUGCUUCAGUCCCCAUAUUGGCACUACAGCAGCUACAGUGGCAAGGCAGAGGAUAGGGGGAUGAGGAGGAGAGGGGAAAUGAAGGGAACACUUAAGUUCAGACCCCAAGAGGAGGAAGCAGAUGGACGUUUGACUCUGAACUUUAAGAUUGACUUUUUCUCUCUCCCUCUUUCAACCAUCAUCCUCUGUCCUCAUCUCCACCCACCCUAACUUUCUUUUAACCUUUACCCUUUGCCUCUCACAAACACCCUGACUACCUCCCCCCUCUCCCUGCAUCUCUCUCCCUACCUCUCCCACUCUCCCUUUUCCUCCCUUCCUCUCUCUCUCUCCCUUUCUCUCUACAGUGAAGAUGGCAAUGUGGAAGAAAGGUUUGAUCGUGGCCUGCUGUCUGCUGGUGGUGGCUGUCCUGGUCCUCGGCUGCGUGCUGCGUUACAAUUCCAAGAGAGGUAGAGAGACCUACAGUCCCCCAGCAACACAGGCCUUUGCUGGUGUCUGACUAUGUAUGAACAACCUCUUCUCUCUCUCCUCCCCUUCUCUUUAUUGUAUAGGUAAAAGAGAGAACGCAGCUGAACUGUCAGUGUGAGUUGGCUUGCCUAUUUGCUUUGCUCUGAAUACAACACACAAGUAGUUUUCUGUGAUGGUGGCUAUCUAGGAUGAUAGCAUUAGCUGGCGCCAAUGGUUUUUGAUCAAUGCUUAGCACUAUGUUGACACAUACAGCACACCCAAAUGGGCCUUAAAGGGAUAGUUUACUCCAAAAUGAAAAGUUUGUCAGAUGUUUUCAGAUCUUGAAAGUGGUCUAUUGACAAGAUUCAUCCAUGUUCCAUGGUAUAUGUUAUGUAGAUCCGGCCAUAUGCCUCAAUCCCAAAUAAAUGUGAAUGAUAAGCACCAUUUCAUUUUAGGUGUGAUCUGAAAACAUUUAACAACCUUUGAUUUUAUAAUGAAUUAACUAUCCCUUUAAUAAGCUUUAAGGGUCCUAGAAUUAAGAAAUUAUCUCUCGUUGUGUCACUGCCAACGUUGACUUUAUUUUCACAAUUUCUCAGAAAGCCUUCGAGCCCUAAAUCAGAUGACUCUCUAACAGUGAGUCUUACCCACAGCACUAUGGAGGUUUAUAACCCUCCCAAAGGUAGCCUGUUUUCCUACUCUCUCCUCUGUGUUCCGUCUUGACCUAUCGUCAUGCUUCAAACCAUAACAGACAUUUAACUGCCUGCGUCUGUCUCACGCCCCAUUCGUGUGUUCCAUUUCAUGCUAGCUGUUAGCAUGCUAGCUGCUUGUAGCAUGUUGGUUGUCAGAAGUUGUCAUCCUAAUGUCAGUCCAUACCAUGACACCUGUACUGUGUGCAUGUAGGGGUCUCUGAGGUGACCUUAGGUGACUUUGUUUUCUUAACUCUCUGCAUCUCCUCUGCUCAUAUUUUCCUGUUAGAGGAACAAAAAUGCAUUGUCUUAUCGUCCAGCUGUAGACAUCCUGUGUAACUUGGAAUGCAUGAGAGAGGACAUGGCAGAGAAGCUUGCAGUGUGUGUGUGUUUAGACAGGAAAAGUAGCUUAGUUCCUUAUAUACAAAUCGAUGCAGGUCUUAACAAUUGAUGUUUUACUCCAGCAAACAUGCCUCAUUAGAUGUGCAGAUUAUGCAGUGGUUUGCAAGAUGUAGCUAGCUACAGGGUAGCUGUGUUCAGUAGUGAUUGUGUUGGGUGUUGAGUAUUUGUUGAGAGUGGCCAUAUCAUCUUAUUACAGACGCAGUGCCAACCUUUGACGGCAUGGAGGGGAGAGCGACCAAUGGGACGCGAGAUAGUGUGGCAUCACUUCCUGCUGACAUCAGCAACAGGAGCAGCUACAGUCUCCCAGCAACAGUGUAGAGAAACCCCACAGAGGGAGGGACUUUUUUGGUUUGAACCAAAAAAUAACAAACAUUUUGCACCACUUGGUUGAAUAAAGGGGUAUAUGGGACGAAAAACCAAGGAUAACAACAUUUGGAACAGUGGCUCAAACAAACAAAAUUCCCACAGACUUUUUAGAGAGGGAAGAAUGGCCAAAAUGUCUUCCUUUGAGAAAUAUUGUCUUCUUUGUUAUGUGUUGUAGAUGUCAUUUCAAAGGGUACAGGUGUAGUGGACACAAGAUGGCCGACACCAAGGGGCUUGUUGCCAACAUCAGUCCCAGUGACAGACAGUUGAACUGGCCCCAUUGCUCCCUCUCCUCUCCUGCUGCUGUCUGGAAGAGCUGUACUUUCCUGUCAUUAUCAACAUACUGUCUUUGUCCUGUGUUCUCACCUCACUGUGUCUGUCCUGUCUGUCUCCCUGUCUGACUGCAUGUCUAUCGAAUUGUCUGUUUGUCCAAAAACAAUGUGUGCAUGUCUAAAUGCAUAGAUCUGAUGCUGUAUAUACACUAGACUAGAGGAUCAUCAAUAGAAAUGUGUGUAUGUAUAUUUGGGUUGGUUAAUUGAUUGAUUUUGAAGAAGCACUUCUAGAAUAAAAAGUUGGUUUUAUUUAGCAAUGUGUCAAUACCGUGCAUUUUCUUUUCAUAGAUACCAAUGAAUUUCUAUAAUGCUGUGUAGCUGCACUGAGUGUACUAAACAUUAGUGACACCUGCUAUUUCCAUGACAUAGACUGACCAGGUGAAUCCAGGUGAAAGCUAUGAUCCCUUAUUGAUGUCACUUGUUAAAUCCACUUCAAUCAGUGUAGAUGAAGGGGAGGAGACAGGUUAAAGAAGGAUUUCUAAGCCUUGAGACAAUUGAGACAUGGAUUGUGCAUGUGUGCCAUUCAGAGGGUGAAUGGGCAAGACAAAAGAUUUGAGUGCCUUUGAACGGGGUAUGGUAGUAGGUGCCAGGCACACCGGUUUGUCAAGAAAUGCAACGCUGCUGGGUUUUUCACGCGCAAUAGUUUUCCGUGUGUAUCAAGAAUGGUCCACCACCCAAAGGACAUCCAGCCAACUUGACACAACUGUGGGAAACAUUUGAGUCAACUUGGGCCGCAAAUCCCUGUGGAACGCUUUCGACACCAUGUAGAGUCCAUGCCCCGACGAAUUGAGGCUGUUCUGAGGGCAAAAGGGGGUGCAUCUCAAUAUUAGGAAGCUGUUCUUAAUGUUUUCUACAUUCAGUGUAUAUUAGUAUCUUAAUAUGUUGGCUAAAGUACAUUAAGACGCAACACCCCUAAAGGAGUGUACUAGCUAAGGUUGCCUUGCUGGAAUACUGAAACAAUAGCGUCUGUGUGGAAUUUCCUAUGUUGGCACCAUCCAUUUAUAAAAGGGGGUUUGUUAAAUAGUGGACUUUGGGGCAGACUGUUUGUUUCAGGCCAGUCGAGUUUGAAUGCAGGCAGCAGGUGGAGGAAAUGAAUCACUUAGGCCCAGUCUGAGGUUCGAUAGAAUCUGGGAUUGCAUUAACGAAUGGGAAGUUGUAAUGGGAAGUUGUUUUUGCAGGGAGCUAUUGUGUUCCUGUUGUUUACCAAACAGUAGCCAGUGUGCAUAAGGCACCGGAACAGCUCUGUGGAAAUCAACAUGGAGUCCUGAUAUCCACUCCUCCUUUGUUACAGUAUGUUCUCAUACGGUCUCUAAUCAAUUCAAUAAAAAAUGUAAAGUGGGGGAAUUCACUAUUUUAAAUUCUUUCAAGCGUUGGAAUAAUAUUGUAACUUGUGAAACAAUAGACAUAACUGUCUACUAAAUGUUUUACCUCGCCUCGGAACUUUCCGGUUGGCGGUUUUAAUUUAAUAGGGCCCCUAAGUCUCAAUCUCCUGUUACCCCUAACAGUCAUUUGACUUCACUGGGCAGUAACUUCACUGGGAAUCUUGGAUCAUUAGAUCUCCUAGCUUGUGUCGGGGAGCAUUGCUUUAUGUCUGUGUGUAUCUGUGUGUUUGUGUCUUGCAGUGGGAGUGGACGCUGCUCUAAGUGUCUGGAGCGAGAGGCCGGUAGACCCAGGUGAGACCAACUGAGUACAUCCAUAGAGGGUUCAUAAAGAGUGUUAUAACCUAAGUUGCUUAUAGAUUUCAAGUUGUGUUGUCUAAAAUCUGCCUCUGUCUUCUUGGGCUGUUUUGUGUGAUGGAAUGUAUGUGUAUCUUGUCCUGGUGCAGGCAGUGAUGUGGAGAGCAGUGCAGCGUCUAAUAAUGAGCCUGAUGUGGAGUACACUGAAGUGGUGCACCGCCAGCCUGUGGACCCUGCCAGAGGUCACACACUCUCUCACUCACACACACACACCAGUUUUUCACUCCGGCUAUAAAGGUUAUUCCCUUUAUCUAGCGCCCCUUUUCUACAACAGCUCUCCCUCUCAUCGUCCUUUCUCUACCUUUUCCCUCUCUCAUUCUCUCCCUUUACUCAUAUCAAAUCAUCACAAGAGGGUUUGCUUUGCCGACAUUAUUUCAGCUGAUAAGACAGCGCCAUUUCCUGGGGGGGGAGGGGGGUCUAAUUGGCCACAAUUAAGGUGUCUCCACAGUAACCGUUGGUGAUAACCAUGGUGAUCAGGCUUCAAGAAACAUCUCCUGGCGAAUAAACAGGAAGGGCUGAACUAAUUGCCAGGCUACUCUCUACGAUACCAACCCCCUCCAUUAGUAUACACUGUUGGCCCCCAUGGGUUUGCUAUGGCAGUUGGUUGGGCAUAUCCUUAGGCAUGGGCUCAACUUUGGUUUUAGAAGUGGAGGGGGACACACAUAUAAAUGUAUAUAUAUAAUACCAGUCAAAAGUUUGGACACACCUACUCAUUCCAGGGUUUUUCUCUAUUUUUACCAUUUUCUACAUUGUAGAAUAAUAGUGAAGACAUCAAAACUAUUAAAUAACACAUAUGGAAUCAUGUAGUAACCAAAACAAAUUUUAACAACAUUUUAUAUUUGAGAUUCUUCAAAUAGCCACCCUUUGCCUUGACAGCUUUGCACACUCUUGGAAUUCUCUCAACCAGCUUCAUUAGGUAGUCACCUGGAAUGCAUUUCAAUUAACAGGUGUGCCUUCUUAAAAGUUAAUUUGUGGAAUUUCUUUCCUUCUUAAUGCGUUUGAGCCAAUCAGUUGUGUUGUGAAAAGGUAGGUGGGGUAUACAGAAGAUAGCCCUAUUUGGUAAAAGACCAAGUCCAUAUUAUGGCAAGAACAGCUCAAAUAAGCAAAGAGAAAUGACAGUCCACCAUUACUUUAAGAAAUGAAGGUCAGUCAAUACGGAAAAUGUCAAGAACUUUGAAAGUUUCUUCAAGUACAAUCGCAAAAACCAUCAAACGCUAUGAUGAAGCUGGCUCUCAUGAGGACCACCACAGGAAUGGAAGACCCAGAGUUACCUCUGCUGCAGAGGAUAAGUUCAUUAGAGUUACCAGCCUCAGAAAUUGCAUUCCAAAUAAAUGCUUCACAGAGUUCAAGUCACAGACGCAUCUCAACAUCAACUGUUCAGAGGAGACUGCGUGAAUCAGGCCUUCAUGGUCGAAUUGCUGCAAAGAAACCACUACUAAAGGACACCAAUAACAAGAAGAGAAACACGAAUAAUGGACAUUAGACCGGUGGAAAUUUGUCCUUUGGUCUGGAGUCCAAAUUUGAGAUUUUUUAUUCCAACCGCUGUGUCUUUGUGAGACGCGGUGUGGGUGAACGGAUGAUCUCCGCAUGCAAUACUCCAUCACUCUCCUUCUUGGUAAAAUAGCUCUUACACAGCCUGGAGGUGUGUUGGGUCAUUGUCCUGUUGAAAAACAAAUGAUAGUCCCACUAAGCCCAAACCAGAUGGGAUGGUGUAUCGCUGCCGAAUGCUGUGGUAGCCAUGCUGGUUAAGUGUGCCUUGAAUUAAAAAAAAAUCACAUAGUGUCACCAGCAAAGCACCCCCACACCAUAACACCUCCUCAUCCAUGCUUUACGGUGGGAACUACACCGCGGCGGUUGGAACCAAAAAUCUCCAAUUUGGACUCCAGACCAAAGGACACAUUUCCACUGAUCUAAUGUCCAUUGCUCGUGUUUCUUGGCCCAAGCAGGUCUUCUUCUUAUUGGUGUCCUUUAGUAGUGGUUUCUUUGCAGUAAUUCGACCAUGACCAGUCUCCUCUGAACAGUUGAUGUUGAGAUGUGUCUGUGACUUGAACUCUGUGAAGCAUUUUUUUGGGCUGCAAUUUUUGAGGCUGAUAACUCUAAUGAACUUAUCCUCUGCAGCAGAGGUAACUCUGGGUCUUCCAUUCCUGUGGCGGUCCUCAUGAGAGCCAGUUUCAUCAUAGCACUUGAUGGUUUUUGCGACUGCACUUGAAGAAACUUUCAAAGUUCUUGAAAUGUUCCGUAUUGACUGACCUUCAUGUCUUAAAGUAAUGAUGGACUGUCGUUUCUCUUUGCUUAUUUGAGCUGUUCUUGCCAUAAUAUGGACUUGGUCUUUUACCAAAUAGGGCUAUCUUCUGUAUACCACCCCUACCUUGUCACAACACAACUGAUUGGCUCAAACGCAUUAAGAAGGAAAGAAAUUCCACAAAUUAACUUUUAAGAAGGUACACCUGUUAAUUGAAAUGCAUUCCAGGUGACUACCUCAUGAAGCUGGUUGAGAGAAUGCCAAGAGUGUGCAAAGCUGUCAAGGCAAAGGGUGGCUAUUUGAAGAAUCUCAAAUAUAAAAUAUAUUUUGAUUUGUUUAACACUUUUUUUGGUUACUACAUGAUUCCAUAUGUGUUAUUUCAUAGUUUUGAUGUCUUCACUAUUAUUCUACAAUGUAAAAAUAAAGAAAACCCUUGAAUGAGUAGAUGUGUCCAAACUUUUGACUGGUAGUGUAUAUAAUAUAUAUUAUCCAGUCGGAUAAACACUCCAAACAGCCUACCCGCCGCUCGGAGGCGUCCGCAUGGUCUUAAAGCACACCAUUGCCUUGUUUUGUAUCACAUUCUAAUGAUAAAACUGGGGGGGACAAAAAUGCAAUUUCAGAAUGUGGGGGGGACACGUACCCUUCCACAGUGAAAGUUGCGCCCCUUUCUUUAAGUAUCCAGUACAAUGAUUUGCCAAGAGAUGGAGCAUCUGCUAAGAGACAAACAAGUAAAUGUGUAACAGUUGUAAUGAAGGUAUAUAGUUUGAUGGUGGUUAUAUAAUGUGUGUGUGCCCAUGAGCAAUGUUUAAGUGAUACAAGUGUGAAACAUUGUGACAUUAUUUUGUUUCUAUGUUUUGCAGUUCCCCUGAGAAAAGGCACAGAAACUGUGUACAGUGAAGUCCAGAACUCCCCAACAGGUGAGUCUAACACCCUGUAAAUAUGGAUUACAUUUCUAAAGUUCUUUAAACUAGGUCUCAAAAAACACUUGACAUUGCAUGGAGCUAACUCAACCCAUCCACCACCAAUGAGUAAAAGGAGGUGGAAGGUGAUGUAUUCAUUAUUGAAUCCAGAACUGCCGGACCAGCGUGGUCUGUAUGAAGGUGACUAUUUCCUCUUGCUGCUAGCAGGAAGUUCCUGUUUUUAGAACGUGAUCCAAGUUGAAUUUGUUAGUGAAGCAGUCCAUGAGAAAAUGUACCGUUAUUAACCCAAAUUUUACAUAAAACAUGUAACGUACCUUUCGUUUGUAACUCUCAUCACUGGUGAAUUGGUGAGUGUUAUGGAUAAGGGUGGAUGUUUAGGAAGAGGGCAGGGACUGCACUUAAUGCUUUCUGGCAUAGUUAUACCCCUGUUGUGGUACAACAAUGGGCCCUGCUUCAAGGGAACCAAUGAGUCAGCAACUAGGCCUGGUCAUCAUAACUGUCAAAUUAGUCAUCAUGAUGAAUAAAUUCAGAGAAUAUUACAUUAUUAUUCAAUGACCUCAGAAUGUGGUCAAAUCAAUGGGUCAAAUGAAAGAGGAACAGGAGGGUGAUCUGCACAUCCUGAACUUGAGAAUACUGGUGCUGGGCUAAAAAAGAAUACACAUAAAGGAAUGAGAGGCCCUUUAACGCACUGGGGAGUAGUAAUAGUUCUCUCAUUCCUUUAUCAAAUGAAAGAGUACACACACAGAGACGCAGGUCAUACAGUAUAAUGUCAUCUCUGUAAUGGACUAGUGGUUGUCCUUCCUCCCUGAUCCUGUGUCUUGUUUUCCAGGUGCACCUGGUGACCAUUAUGACUAUGUAAGUACAGCUUGGGUCUCAGUGUCUUACAUUUUGCUGGCUGUGACUGUGAGGCACAGUGAAAGCUAACACACUCAGUAACCACAGCUGACCUUUCCUCCAGCUGACAAAAAGGGUGAGGAGUGACAGAAUCAAGGCCACAGGGCACACCUCCCCCUCCUUCCCUCUAUCCCUCUUUCCCCCUCCUUCCCUCUCUCCCACUUUCCCUCCCUCCUUCCCUCUCCCAACCAGCCCCAGUCACUCUGUGGGCUGAGGCUCUUGGAUAGUAGUAAUUUCACUGUGCAGGAGAGGGAAGCUGCGGUCAGAGUUUCCAGACAAGAACAAAGGGAAUUUGGGCUGGGGCUUCCUUCCCUAUCGCCCAGUGAGAUCAGCAGCCAAAGGCCCAGUCAAAUUAUACCUCCAUGCACAGCUCAACCUCAACCGCCACACUGUCCUCCUCUGGUUCCUCACCAAGGCCCUUCAGUGAUUUACAGAUGGAUCAUUACAGUCCACACUGUUUGCCCUUACUUGGAGCUGAGGAACUAAGGCCGGGUUAUCUGUUUAGAGGGGAAUUUGACAUAAUGAGUCUAGUCAGGAUGUGACAUGAUGGUCUAAACUUAAGACAGUUAAUUCACUCCUUGAUGGAAAAGGAGGAGCAGCCAAGGUUGUGGUGAGGUGGUUUUAAUGAUAAAGGAAUUUCAUUGUGUGUUUUUGAAUGUGUGCAGCUGCCCCUGGAGAAUAUUGUUUUGUAUUCUGUGAAGCCUUGGUGAAAUACAGUGUAGUAUUCUGUGAGGAACACAUUUGUUGAUGGAUUUUCACCUGCCUUGAGAGAAUCAGAUUGUGUUAAAAUGGGAUGUGUGAUGGUAUAGAAUGGUGCUGUCACAGUUUUCAUUUUGGGUUGCGUUAUGGUGUUGACUUGUCUGUGUGUGAUGGUGUUGAAGUUAGAUACGGUUUUGACUUUCGUUGUGACAGUGUUGACAUAAUUGACAGUGUUGAGCAGGACAGUGUGUCAAUAUUCAGUGGGAUCUCUGUUGUCUCAGCAGGGUUCAGUGGAGUACGCCGAUCUCAACGGUGACCAACCGGAGGUCAACCAGGCCCUGCUGGAGGUAAAUCACCAGGACAACAAUGACCUCCCAGUGCCUGUGGAGUAA